GUUUUAGAGUUGCCACGUUGAUUAAAACCUCACUAAUUUCUCCUUCCUCUCUACCCAACUUCAAAGCUGUAAAUAUUUCUAUCCACCACCUCCCCUCCUCUUUUCCCCAGCUUCAAACGCUUCUAUCCACCGCUUCCACCUCGUACGAUCUCUGAGUUCAACCUCCACCGUACCUCGUCCAACCUCCAACGAUAGCAGUCAUGACUUUGGCGGACCUUCAGCCGCAUCAUCCCCUCCUUCGCUGAUUUAACCGGGUCUAUACGUAUUUCCUUGAUACACCAGAGGUUAUUUUAAGUCGUUUGAUGCAGGUUCUGUACGCAUUUUGUUGAUACACUAGAGGUUCUUAUAAGUCGUUUGAUGCAGGUUUCUGAAAAUGGACAGCAACAGAAUAUCGGGAUUGCGACCCAACGGCCCAACACCAGCGUUAGAAGAGCGUGUCAUUCGGAAGUGGGUGCCUAAGUAUCGCGAAAACGAAUUACAAUUUGUCUUCAUUGAUGAAGAGGGAAUGGGGAUCCAAGCUUUUGUGAAAGGAAAAUACUGCAAAACUCUAGACUCAAAACUAUGCCUACAAAUAUGCUAUGAAAUAAAAGGUUAUGGAUGCAAAGAACCAGACAACUUUACAAACACAUUGACCCACCCGGCUAUAAUGAACCUUGGGAACGCCACUGUCAUCACCUCAGUUCUAAACAAUGAAAACAUACCAAAGCAAUUCUUCGACCUAGCCACACGCAGAAGAGCAGAAUUCCAAGCAAAAACCGAAGGGAUUGUAGAUUACAUCGGGCUGCUGGUACGGCGUAUUGAGGAUAAAAAAACCAACAACAAUAAACCAUAUGUUGUUUUAGCAUUCAAAGACUGCAGCAAUCAAGACAUUACGGUUACACUCUGGGAAGAAAUAGCCACAGACAAAACUCGAUUCAACAGGGCUGAAAUAGAGGCUGCAUCAGCACCUAUAAUACUAGCGAUGACAGGAUUAAAAACAAAGAUAUAUUAUGGCCGUGGAAGCACAGGAACACUACAGCUAUCUUCAACAAGUGCUACACAUGUCUACCUAAAUCCACAAACAAUAGAAACUGAGCUUUUAAAAGAAAUGUACGAAAAAAUGGACAUGCAAAACUGCGCAAUCACUACGACACCAGAUCUAGAGGUUCCAAUUUCACACCUACUUCAAAGCAAUGCCGGGAUAAUUGGCAAGCGUUUCACAAUAAAGGGAAAAAUAAUAGAAGUCAUGCCAGACAAGAGUUGGCACUACAAUGCUUGCCCUAAAUGCCGUCAAACACUAAUACAAACAGGUUCCAAAUGGUUCUGUGUAGAUGAUGGAACUUAUGACAAGGCAAUUUACAUGUACCGAAUACUGGUCAAAAUCUCAGACAACACAGGAACUAUCAACGGCACCAUCUUUGAUCAGCCGGCCAAUCAAUUUCUGCAACAAACAUGUGAAGAGACACUAACCAAAGAGAACCAAACCCAGCUACUCCAGUCGAUGAAAAACAGGGAAGCACAGUUCCAGAUUCAGGCCGAACAAGAUCUAAAAACCGUUCAAUACGCUGCGCUUUCAACAGCGCAAACUACCUUCAGCCACAAACAAACUACACCUCUACCAGCACACCUCCUAUACCAACCCCAAAACCAGUAACACCGCCACCAAAAAUACAAAACACAUCCUCUGUAAAGCGUUCGCUGAACAUGCUCAAAGGUCCUGAAGCUAUGCCAUCGAAGAAAACACGAGGUGAUGACACAACCAACUGAAGCACUAAGUCACCAAUGAAAGGAUGGGGGGUCGAACAAAGCAGAUGAACCCGUUUUGCAUUUUGCAUAAAAAGCCUUAGUAUGUACACAAGUCUGAUAUGUAGGCCGUUUACCGUUUUGUGUAGUAUGUAAACAAAUCUAAUAGUUAGUAAAUGCCUGGACUUUCAUUUAG